AUCAAAAUUUCCCAUGGAUUAUCCGUACAUCGACCUGACCUAGCCACUCUUCAAUGGCGACUCUCUCUGGCAGCCAUUCAUGUAGAAGACACAAGCUCGCUUUUCAACACAAGAGCAUAAUGAUGAUUCUUCAGUCUCCCCAUUUUUGAGGGUUAGGGUUUCUGCAACUUGGAGAAAUUAGGAUUUCUAUUCAAUUUCUUCUCUCGAAUCGCCAAUGGCGGCCCUUAAAGCAAUAUCAGAUGCUCUGCAACUUGUAGAUUCCAAGAGAGAGAACUUGAAGAAGGCAUUCGACGACCUUCAGGGCCACUCCCACCUCCUCUCUUCCUUCUCCCUCUCUUGGUCCGACCUCGAUUCCCACUUCGCUUCUAUCCAGAACUCUCUCACCCAGAGAUUCCACGCGCUCGAGUCUUUGGAGGCGCUAGUGAUUCAAAAUCAACCUCAGGAGAAGGAAUUUUGUUCGUCGUUGGACCUCAAAGCGGAGGACAAGAACGGACCUGAUGGGGUUGAAGGUUGCGUGUCCCCUCGGCCCGAGUUGAAACGUCUCUGCGAGGGAAUGGACGGUAAGGGGCUGAGGAAAUUCUUGAGUGAAUUACCGAAGGAUCGUGAAUCAGUGAGGUAUGAGCUGCCGGCUGCACUUAAGUGCGCGCCGGACCAGGAAGCUCUGGUUCUGGAUGCAAUGGAGGGAUUCGUCAAUGCCAAUCCUGAUUCAAAGCGCAAUAACUUGAAAUUGGCCAAUGUGAGGAGGGGCUGUAUACAACUGUUGGAAACUCUGAUGGAUAAUCGUCCAAAUGUGGGCAAUCAUGUAACAGAAAGGGCGAAGAAAUUGGCUCUGGAAUGGAAACAAAGUGUUGGCAAAGAUGGGAAAGAUCCAUUAGAUGCAUUGGGGUUUUUGCAUUUGGUAGCAGCUUAUGGAUUGACAUCGGAAUUCGAUGCCGAUGAGCUUGUUGAUUAUUUCACUGUCAUUGCUCGGUAUCGGCAAGCGACAAAGCUGUGCAAAGUCGUUGGAUUGGGGGAUAAAGUAACUGAUCUUGUUCAGAAACUACUAAACAACGGAAAGCAACUUCUAGCUGUCAAAUUUAUCUUUGAGUUUGAGUUGACUGACAAGUUCCCACCUAUUCCCAUCUUAAAAGACUAUGUUAAGGAGUCCAAGAAGUCGGCCAAGAAUGUUUGCAAGGAAGGAAAAAACUCUCUCAGGUCACUGAAUGAGGCUACUGCUAAAGAAGUGGGUGCAUUAAAAUCUGUGAUCAGAUUUAUUGAAGAGUACAAGCUUGAUUCCGAUUAUCCACGAGAACACCUUGAAAAGCGUAUUGAACAGCUGGAGAAGCAGAAGGCCAACAGGAAGCGCCCUGCUGGAGCUUCUCCUGUUGUGGCCAAACAGAAACAGCCACAACAACCACAACAGGUGAAACAACGGUUUAAAAAACAGAAACUGCAGCUCAGAAAACCGACGCCGCAGCAGGUUCCAAUUAAUCGCCCACACAUGGCUGUUCCAGUUGGCUCUGCAGCAAAUAUUGUCGGUGUUGGGAAUCCGCCUUAUCCCCCAUACCAACAAACACAUCUACCUCCUGCAGGUUUGGUAGCUGAUCUUGCUGCUCCUUAUCAAAAAUCUCUUCUACAAUCAUCAGGUUUGUUACCAAACCAUCCUGUUUCAUAUGCACAAUCUCAUCUACAGCCAGCAGGUUUGUUGCCAGAUCAUCAUCCUGCUCCUUUUGAGAGCUCAUCAGCUAUGGCCUAUGGCAUGGCAGUGGCAGGCUCCACUCCAGCUAUUGCCUCUUAUCAUGGCUCAUCAGCUGAGUAUUAUGGUUUGUCAGGAGGCCCCAUGGGUUUUCCUGUAAAUGCAACCACUGCUAAUUCUCACAUAUACCCACCAGAACCAUAUGCACCACCUGGGUAUGGUGUGGCUAUGCCACCACUUUACCAUCCAUCUUACUAUCCCCAGUAGUUGUUUUAACUGUCUUCUGAUAGAUCAUACUAUACAUUUUGGAUCAGCUGGCUAUGGUGGGAAUAUAACUAUAAUGUGACCAUGGCAUCAACCAUCUUCCUAUCUUUUGUAGUAGUAUCUGUGACUUCAUCUUGGUUUCUUAUAAGUAUACUUUGGACAUUAACUUUUUUCCUGACUUGGCACAAAUUGCCACUACCAUUAGAAGGCAAAAUAUAAUUCAUUUCGGUGAUCUUUCAUGUAGCCUGAUUCUUACCUUUCCAAAUUGUUAAUUUUCUCUUCAAAACUUACGUUAGUAAAGGUGUGUUUGGAAGUGCGUUUAAUGUAAGUAUUUUUAGUAAAAAUACUUUGAUUAGAAGCAUGUUAGUAAGAUGUACUUGAUGGCAAAUCACUUUGAUGUUUGAUGUUUGAUGUUUGAUGUUACACUCAUUUUUAAGUGUUUCUUUGACCAUCACUUAGGUCUUAAGCACUCUAUAAGUGUUUUUCAUAAAACACUUCUUUUUUUCUAAAUGCAGUUAUAACUCAUUUCAAACAUGAUCUAUAACUUGAGUUAUACACAAACACAACCCAUUCAGAAAAAAGGUAAGGGAAAAGAUUAAUGCAUCUUUUUUUUUUGUCAACCAACUCUAUUUCUCACUUGAUAUUUUUUUUAGAGUUGAAAUUGUGUUAUCCAUUAGGAAAUUCCCCAUUUGAAUAGGAAUAGUAUAGAAACAGAAUACAUUGUUGGUAAGACUUGAGAGUAAAGUAAAGUAAGUCACAGCAUCAUUCUGCAUCAUCCAUCUGAUUUUCUCAACCUUGUGAUCAUAUUUUUUUCUCUCACAUCUCUAACUCUUAAGAUAUGCUCUCUCUCAUACAUAUGAAUUCUUAUAUUAUGAUUGCCUUGCAUAGAAAGGUUUGCAGGGUUAUAUUAUCUUGCUGAUUUGAUUUCAGGGCUUGUGUUCAGCUGAUUUGAUUUGUAUAAGAACAGGGUAUUUUUUUCUUAUAAAUUUGUGUAAAAGUUGAAUGAUAUACUUGUUUGAUGUUAAUAAAUAUUACUACUUUUUACA